AUGUACUUCGCGAGUGGGUGGCCCAAGCGGUAUCGCCACAGCCACGACGAUGGACCGCUGCUCGCCCUUCAGCACAACGUGACGCGCACCCAUUUUGUGGUGCUGUCGCCCCACUGCCUCUCCCUGUGGUCUGGCGGCCAAGAUUCGGUGUUGCUUGCGUCGGUGGCGCUGCCGGCUUCGCUGCGAACCAAGUACGGACUCAACCGGUCCGUCGAGUGGAGCGCGGACAGCAGCCUGAUCGCCGUGCUCAGUGGCCAUAUCUGCAUGUAUAACGUCGUGCUGGGCGAGCACAGUGUGCAGCUGCACGCCGACAGUUCGCUGUUGACCAUCGGCUGUGCUGCCAGCCUCGAGUUACGCGCCUUGCUGCUCACACCUCACGGCGGAGCUGAUUGCAUGGCGCGCGGCAGUGGCGAGAACGCCGGCACGCUGUUUGUGGUGACGAAGCAGGAGCACCUGUUGACCAUCACCUGGUCGGGGCAGAUCGUCAGCGACGUGCCCCUCUCCGGAGUCCCCCUUCGUAUCUCCGCACUACACGCGAUCGUCAUACACGAAUCUUCUGCUAGCCUCCUCAACUCCGACAUCACCAUCACCAUCAACUCCAACACAAUCACAACCACAAUCACAGCCAUCACAGCCACCAACGCCAACAGCUCCCGCUGCUGCUGCUGCGCCAUCUUCGUCGGCAGCGACGGAAGCAGACGGACGACCGCACGAGCCGGUGUAUUUACCGACGGGCGAGCGGCGCUGGUCUCUACGGAGAAGCAGCAGGGCGAAGGCAGCAAGCAGGUCAUGCGCGGUCACUGGUUGCCCGCUGCCGAGCACGGGCAGGUGUUGCAAGCCGUGACGUUGCGAUUCAACUGCUGCAAUCGCUUUGCCGCUGUGGCCUACCAAAGCGGUGAGGUCCGCCUGUUUGAUAUCUCGAGCCCGCGCUAUCCCCUCUUCCUCCGAACAAUGGCGCCCACGGACUUCGAGGGGUGCAAGCGAGAUUUUGGUCCGGCCAGUGCGCUGGCCUGGACGCCAGACGGUCGUGCGCUCGCUGUGGGGUGGCUCGGUGGCGGGUUCGCCCUGUGGUCGUCCUACGGCUCGCGCCUCUGCAUAUCGCCGGCCAGUGAGAGUGCGCUCUGCGGCAAGGGCAUCGCAUCGUUGAGCUGGGGCCGAGAAGGCUAUCGACUCUUCCUCACGUCUCCGCCCGACGAUUCCACAGCUUCACCUGCCGGGUUCGAACAGAUCAAUUUUGCCAUGGAAGAAGAGCGGCUCGUGUUGUGGGGCGAGGCAGAGCUUCUGCUAUACUGCCCGCACGAGCUCAACGAAACGAUGAAGUGGCAACGCAUUCAAGUCCCGCAAACUUAUAUGACAGAUAACUGGCCCAUCAUGCAUGUGGCUGUAUCGCCCGAGUCGGGAGACGUAGCCGUCGCAGGCCGUCGAGGCGUGGCCAUCUACUCCGCAGCUGUUCAUCGCUGGCGCCUCUUUGGUGAUCGCAGCGAGGAGCAAGAACUGGAGUGUCUCGGGAUGGCCUGGUAUCGGUCGUUGCUCGUGUUGGCCGUCAAGCGACAUCCACACGAGUCCUACCAAUUGUCUCCCAAGUGCGUGCCGCAUCUGCUGGCCGUCAGGAACGACUCGCUCAUCGUGCUCACGCGAGACGGCUUUGUACAGUGCUACCACCUCAUGAUCGAAGACGCGGAAACGAUCAAGCCCUCGCUUUCGGCCACUCUCACGCAGACCAUCGCCAUGCCGGGUCUGACCGCCACGGCGCUGCCCUCUGCGCUCACCCUCAUCCCACCGCCCUUCCUCACCACCCAGACCGGGGCUGCGCCUUCGGGGCCGGAACCGCUCUGGGCGCUGGUCAAUUGCAGCGGCACGCUCCUGCUCACCAAUCUGGCCUUUGGCAUUCAGUUUCUCACUGGCGAGUGGGCGCAGAUUGAGAUAGGUCAGCAGAUCGAGGCGUAUUGGUGGGUCACCUCACGCCACCUCCUGCCCCACAUGGGCGACAUGAUUUGGACCCUAGGCCCCCAUGGUCUUCAGUACUCGUUUCCGUACAGCGAGGAGGGCAUCAUGCCGAUCAUCCGGCCGUGGCUUCCUCACAACGCCUCCGGGCCUUUGUCUCCCCGAAAAAACAGCGUCACGGCGACCAAGGAGUACAAGCAUGUGACGUUCGUUGGGUGGGAAGACGGAGUGUAUCCGAUCGCUGUGAGCAGCCACACGAUGCUCGUGACCGCGCUCUCGCCCCAGUCCGGCUCCUCCUUCCUCAAGCCGUUGCCUUCCUUCAACUUUGAGACCAAGGCACCUACCCACAUUCCUCGCUCGCACAUUCCUUUCGCAUUCCUUCGCUCAACUUUUCUAUGUUCGGUUCAGACCCAGCCGUUCCUGCACAGCGUGGUGGCGUACCUGUUGCAGAGCGACAACUGUUCGCUUUACCAGGUCGACGCCAAUGACGACGACGAUGGCCACCCACCGGUCGACUUCCCCAAGGAGAUCGCCGAAAGCAGCGAUGAUGACGAUGACGAUGACGACGACAACGACGACGACGACAAGGAGCAUGAUGGCGUUGACGCUGGCGACGUUGCUGGCAACGGCAACGAUGUCGCGGCGAAGGCGAACGGAAGCAGCAACAUCAACGGAAGUGGAAAGACGGCGACGAUGAAGAGAAGCAGAAGCAGGAUGAGGCGGCACGGGACGGAGGACCGGAUGGAGCAUGCCAAGAAGUACUACGCCCUCUACACGCUGUCCCGGCCCUACGACCGCCUGCCCCACUACAAGCACUCCCUCGAGCUCCUGCUCCACCAGGCUCUCCAGGAGGAGGAAGAGCGGGUCAAGGCUGAGAAGAAACGUCGGCGCAGGCUGAGCUUCGGCACGGCCGCCGCCAGCGCCACGACGCUGGCCAAGGUGGUGGAUUUCCUGCGCGGCCUCGACGUGUUCCCCGAGGUCGUGGUCGGGUGCGCCCGGAAGAUCGACCCGGCGUCGUGGGACCUCCUCUUCACCCACGUGGGCGACCCCGACCAGUUCUUCCACCACUGCAUCGAGGCACGCCGCACCACCACCACCAUGAUGAUGAUGAUGAUGAUGAUGAUGAGGAUGAUGAUGACGACGACGACGACGAUGACACACAGAGCGGUGCGCUGCACACGGCUGGCGGGCUGUUGCCGGUGGGGGAUGACCGCCGCGGCAAUGGCCGCGCUGGCCUUGCUCGAGGCCACGCUCGAGUCGUGCGACAUGCACCUCCUUCGCCACGUGGUUCGGUUUCUCAACAUGCUGGUGUCGUGCAAUCAAGAAGACGACGGGUAUGGGGAGAGCAGCAGCGGCAGCGACACCAUCAAAAACGACACAACUCACCCCAGGGAUGACGCCAGCCUGCCGGGCAAGGAUGAGAAGACAGCGAUGGAACUGUUGCUGGCCCGCUACGCACGCAAGCUGUUGAUGAAGUACCGCAUCCACGACCUCCACUACCUGUCCAAGGUGGUGCUGGGCAAGAAGAUCGCCGACAUCCUCCGCCGGGGCGUCAAGCGCACCCACUCCUCCGAACUCACCACCACCAUCACAACUACCACCACCACGCCCACGGCCGCCCCACCGCCACCACCACCAACGCAGCCUAUUGAGUCAACUCCGACAAGCACGCAGAUCUCAACUCCGACGCCUUCGCGUUCGUCUUCGCUCUUUGCCUUCUUGUCGUUUGCCUCGCCGGCCCCUGCGCCGCCAGAUCCGCCCGCCACGUCAUCGCCACCGCCCGAUGACGACGGAGAGCGAGAAAAGAGCGACGACGACGCCAGCUGCAAAGGCGAAGGCAGUGACGAAGGGGACGAUCCAGAGGCCAACGGAAACGCAGAGGCGGCGGCAGCCGAAGAGGAGCCCCGGCCGGAGCCGCUGCGGAACAUCAUCAACUCGAACGACUUCAGAUCGGCCCUGCUGGCGCUCCACCUGCAGUUCGGGGUGCCCUUCCCCCAGCGCUUCUCGCCGUCGCGCUACUUCACCCUCCUCUCGUCCCUCCACGCGGGCCUCGGCGAGGGCGGCAUCGCCAUGGAGCCGGUGCGGGACAGGGACCACAUCGAGGUCCAGGUGGGGUACCAGAACGCCGUGGAAGACGCGAUGAUGCAUCAGGUGCAGGACCUCCAGGCGCUCCUCGCGGAUCUCGAGGAGGCUGGGGUGGUCGAGUGGGCGGUGGUGGUGGCCACGGCGCUCCUCGACCUUCGGGCGGUCACGCGCCUGCUGCGCGAGUACCACGACCUGUGCCCGGCCUUCCACGCCAUGCUCGCCUCGCUCACCUGGUCCGUCCCUACCAAGGGCUACGCAGAGUUUCUGAAGUGCGUCGACGCGGAACACGAGCCCAUCUGCUCGUCGCUCCCGUCCGCGGACUCCUCACUCCUCUUCUCGCCGCAACCCUCGUCAUCAUCAUCGUCGUCGUCGUCGUCGGCUUCAUGA